UUGGGUUAGUAGUCCUAAGAGCCGACAUAGCGAAUUCUCGUCCGGUCGCCCGCCAAGUGCUUCACGUGAUUUUGGCAUCGCGCAUCUCAACCGUUCCGUCAGUUGGUUGUGGGUCGUGGACGAGAUCGGUUCGGUUUUCUUCUGCUUACAAGGGGAGCGUAUGAUCUUAAAGAUUAGUUGGGAAGAUUUUCGGAAUCUAAGCCAAAUUAAUGGUUCUGAAAAACAUUGAUGUGACAUUAUUCGACGAAUAACAUAUAAAUUAUCGUUAUUAUCAGGGCAAAUUCUAAGUGCCAAGAACUUGUUGCAAUUAGUGCCCACAUUCUCGUCGUGCCGUUCAAGGCGAAUGUCAAUGCAGUUUCUACAGUGAGCUACGGCGAGUGGUGUUACGAAUCAGCUGUGCAAACCAAAUUAGGUUAAACAAUUAUAACUAGACUGUGUGCAGUGUUGUCGAGAGUUAAACUUAACCCCGUCGGGCAGAGACGCACGAGAGGUGGCGUUAGAGCUAGACGACGCCUCACCUAGCAGUGGUCAAGCGGCAACAAUUUGGAAUUCCGGUAGAGCAGAGCAGUAGAGUGAGCCUUCUAGGAGCGUGCACUAAGUAAAGCACGAUCAGCGUUCCGCGGACUUGAAGUUCAACCGUUGUUGUCCAAAAACGUAUUUCAAGAUAAAAAUCAAACAAAAUGACAGUGGACAAAGGACAUAGUAAUACGGCUUUCGUUGGGGAUGAACAAGUGACCAGCAAAAAGUCAGCCCCAGUGAAAACCAUCAGUGCCAACAACUAUGUGCUGGAAAUUCAGGACAAAAAGCCCGGCCUUGAAACGGACUACAAUCCUUACGAGCACCGACACGUGGAGCAUCCCACCACGAGCAAUGAAACGUUGAUCCACCUGCUGAAAGGCUCUCUCGGUACCGGCAUCCUGGCAAUGCCUAAUGCUUUCCAUCAUGCCGGUUGGUUGGUGGGUGCCGUCGGUACCCUGCUGAUCGGCAUUCUGUGCACCUACUGUAUUCACCUGCUGAUCAAGGCCGAGUACGAACUCUGCCGGCGGAAACGAGUUCCUAGUCUCAACUAUCCUGCUGUGACCCAGACUGCCCUCCUGGAGGGACCCGAUGCCCUAAAACCCCUCUCCAAUGUGAUAAUACACAUAAUCAACGUCUUUCUGCUCGUCUACCAGCUGGGCACGUGCUGUGUGUACGUAGUGUUCGUCGCGUCCAACAUUAAGGCAAUCGCCGACUACUACACCGAGACUCCGACCGACGUGCGGUUGUUUAUGCUGAUCAUCCUGCUGCCAUUGAUCUUGAUCAACUGGGUUAGAAAUUUGAAAUUUUUGGCACCCUUCUCGACGCUGGCUAAUUUUAUCACCCUGGUAUCGUUCGGAAUCAUCCUGUACUACAUCUUCCGCGAACCGGUUACCUUCGAGGGAAAGGAAGCGUUCGGCAAGAUUAGCGAGUUCCCGCUAUUCUUUGGAACGGUGCUGUUCGCCCUGGAAGCUAUCGGUGUGAUCUUGCCUCUGGAAAAUGAGAUGAAGAAGCCCAAGCAGUUCGGAGGAAACUUCGGAGUGCUCAACAAAGCCAUGGUGCUUAUCGUGACGCUUUACAUCGGAAUGGGAUUCUUCGGAUAUUUGAACUACGGAGCAGACUCGAAGGGAUCGAUCACGCUGAAUCUACCCGAGCAAGAGAUUUUGGCACAAUGCGUAAAAGGGAUGCUUGCUUUCGCCAUCUACAUCACGCAUGGUUUGGCUUGUUACGUAGCCAUCGACAUCACCUGGAACGAUUACGCCAAGAAACGGUUCGGCGAUUCGCCACGAAGCGUGUUCUACGAGUACAUCGUCCGAACCGUCCUGGUUCUUAUCACAUUCCUAUUGGCCGUUGCCAUUCCCAACUUGGAGCUGUUCAUUUCGCUGUUCGGUGCUCUCUGCCUGUCGGCACUGGGAAUCGCUUUCCCUGCUCUGAUUCAAACUUGCACCUACUGGCACCAGAGGCAUGGAUGGGACAAAACCUGGAUGAUCGUAAAGAACGUCGUCAUCGGUGUGAUUGCCAUUGUGGGUUUGGUGGUUGGAACCACCACCAGCUUGAAGGAAAUUGUACACACUUUCUUCGAGGAAGAGUAAAACGCGCCGAGUAUCCACAGUUUCCAGUGAUGACGACAAAUAAGAAUAGAUAUCUGCAGUGAUUCGAAUGGUUCACGUUAGACGUGAACUUGUGAGUAUUAUUCAGCCUGACAUCGUUGAAUUGACGGCUGCAGUCUUUCAACGGUGUGGGAGUCAUUUUAUCGCUCAACGCAAGGAGUAUGCCUUCUUUCAAACACAUGAGCGAAGCAGAUUUUUUGAAACAUUCCUAAAACAGUUUAAAUCUGUUUGUAGAUAAAAUUCGAACUAGUAGGUAUCGUUCAGUAUAUGUAUAGUUUGUAGAACAUUUCGUUGAGCAACCCCACAGACAACCCACUGUACUGAUAAGUGAGUUAGUUCUCAUAAUGUUAGUUUGUAUUUGUUAAUUCUUAAGAUUGAACGAUGUAAAGUCAUGUGCCAACGCAAUUAAGUAUUGAUUAGAUCGUAUAACACGAAGAAAAGCAAAAAAUGCGGAACUUGUUAAGAUUUCUAAGUAUGACGAACAGAAAAGCCCUAUAAUUAUUAUAUACCUAUUUUAUGACAUAAAAUUAUGUAAAAUUGAAUAAAUUAUUUAAGCAAA